AUAGCGUAACAGCACGGUCGUAUUAUAUACGUCGUGGUUACGUAGCUAGGGGCUGUGUAUGCUAUAUAUUUAAAAAAUGGCUGCAAUAAAGUUUGGACCUCAAUUGAAAGAGUUACGAAUUCUUUUAUGUCAAACCUCAAAAUCUAGUCAGGGUGUCAGAGACUUUAUCGAACAACAAUACGUGCCGCUUAAAAGGAGUAACCCACAAUUUCCAGUUUUAAUUAGGGAAUGUUCUGACACGGAACCCGUUUUAUAUGCACGAUAUGAAUUUGGAGUAGAACGUCGUGUGCCUCUACAAAAUCUAAAAUCUGAAGAAAUAUUGAAAUGUAUCCAAGAACUAGCAACCAGUAAACCAAAAUAAUAUAUCUGAUAUAUUAGUAUGUAUGUAUGUAUUAUAAUUUAUUUAAAUAUUCAAUAAAAUAGUUGUAUAAAUUA